AUGGCCAGCCCUCCCGCCAGCAGAGACGAGUUCGAAGUGGCAGUGAUUUGCGCACUGCCCUUGGAGUACGACGCCGUCACUCUUUUGGUAGACGACUGGUACGAGGAUGGCCGAUACGGUAGGGCUCCAGGAGAUGAAAACAUAUACAAGUCUGCACGGAUGGGCAAUGUGAACAUCGUGCUUGUCGGCCCUACAAAUGUUGGCAAAGCUAGAGCUGCUGCUGCUGCUGCGAGUCUCCGGUCGAGCUACCCAAACCUGAAGGUCCUCCUACUGACCGGAAUCUGCGGUGGCGUACCAAGCACUGAGGAGGAUCAAGAGCUAUUGCUAGGCGACGUCGUCAUCAGCAAAAGCGUCAUUCAGUAUGAUCUCGGUAAGCGAUACGAUGGCACAUUCCAAAUGAAGAAGGGUAUCGAAGACUCUCUUGGCAGGGCGAGGAAAAGAAUUUGCGAUUUGGUUACCCACCUAGAGGUGGAUAAAUGGCAUGAACACCUUGAAAGUCAAGCAGCUUGCUUUCUUGAGCAGCUUCAGGCGAAAGAGUCAUCUCGGCAUCGGAGAAAGUACAUUUAUCCUGGCACCGCAAGUGAUCAACUCUUCGAGCCAAGCUAUCUCCACAAGCACCGACUUUCGACUCUACCUGCUUGCACAGAGUGUUGUCAGAGCUCGGAUUCUAUUUGUUGCGAAUCUAAAGAUUUGAGCUGCGAAAAACUUGGAUGUAGCAACACGCAUACUAUACGGCGGCAGCGCCUAGAGUCAAAGGGAAAGCUGGAAUUCAACAAAGCUCAAGCGCCUGCCAUACAUUUCGGUCGCUUUGGGUCGGGCGAUACAGUAGUGAAAUCUGGCAAAUACCGCGACACACUUGCGAGAGAGCAUAAGAUCACGGCCUUUGAAAUGGAAGGCGCUGGACUGUGGGAAGAGAUUCCUGGCGUUGUUAUUGUGAAAGGCGUUUCCGAUUACGCCGACGGCCAUAAGAACGAUUCCUGGCAGAGAUUCGCGGCUGCAACGGCUGCCGCAGUAACAAAAGGGCUAUUAGAGCAUCACAUCCCGCUCAUAUUAGACGGCCCACAGAACAGCACAGGACAUUCAGCAGAGCGAGUCGCUGAGCAGCAAAAUGGCAGACAUAUACCGAGAGACAGCAGCUCUCGCGGUCUACGCUGCUACCGCUGUGAUUGGGAUACUCAUGUACUGCGGGAUUGCUAUGCACAUGAAGACACCGUUGAAGACGGCCGAGAGAUCAGGUGGGAUGAAAACCGAUGCUUGAACUGUGGGGAAGAGGACCACUAUCGGAGGUCCUGCCCUUGGGAAGAUUUACUACCCAGGAGACGCCCGGGCAGUAAAUACAUGUAUCAUCGCCGCUAG